AUGCCUAGUGGACGUCCUUUGUGGCAGGUUGCCGGUAAAAGAGACCUGGAUCAAGAAGUCGAAGCUCAACAAUGGAUCGAAGCCGUGACUGGUGAAAAGUUUGCACCGGGUUUGCCAUUCGAGCUUGCACUCAGGGACGGAGUUUUAUUAUGCAAGCUGAUGAACAAACUGGCACCGGGUAUUAUACCCAAAAUUAACACUUCAGGUGGCGAUUAUAAGAUGAUGGACAACAUAAGCCAAUUUCAAAAGGCUUGCAUUGAAUACGGUGUCCCGGACGUCGAUUUGUUCCAGUCUGUUGACUUGUUCGAACAAAAGAACAUAUACAGAGUGACCAUGACGAUAUUCGCCAUCGGCAGGACGGCCCACAAACACCCAGAGUGGAGAGGCCCAUCCUUGGGACCAAAACCGUCCGAGGAGAACAAGCGUGAUUUUACUGAAAUGCAAUUGCGGGCCGGAGAAGGAGUCAUCGGACUGCAAGCCGGACAGAACAAAGGUGCCACACAAGCCGGCCAGAACUUUGGAAACACCAGAAAGAUAUUGCUAGGAAAAUGA